AUGGCUACCUUUGCCGACACCUAUGACAAGAGCGACAAACUCCUUCUCCACGAUCUAGAGGAACGUAUCAAAGUCCGUCAAUGGGCUCGUGCCUCUGAAGCCACUUUUCUCCUGCACGCCCUCGCCAUCCUCUAUGCACGCUGGAACCUCCCCAAGGGUGUACACGCAACUACCGUUGAAGCGCUGGAAAGCGGGAUAUCCAUCAAUUUGCAGAAAGCUCUAUCUUGGCUAGAAACUGAGCUGUCGCUUGCAUCUGGGAGAUUUACAUGUGGCGAUCAAAUUACUGGAGCGGAUAUUGUGAUGCAAUUCUCAGCAGAUUUUAUCUUGGCAAGAGAGCGUGCGGUGGAAAAGGCAGGCUAUACAUUGAAAUUGCAUCCGAAUGUCUUUUUCCAAAGCUACCUGCCAUCAACAUUGGUCAGGGAUGCAAAUCCAACGUGCAAAAUUCUUGUGCCUCUGAGCCAGUCCCUUUCUCUCUUCGAAAAGAUUGAUGGAGUCACAGGCUAUGAAGAGGACGAGAAUACCAUCGAAGCUGCUGCAAACAUGGCGCAAAGAAUGCUUCUACGGCCUACUGGCCUUUUACUCGCUCGUCGACCACAAUACGCCUAUCGUUCGUUCAGCACUGUGCUGGACACACCCAUUGACCCCAGAACGCAACAAGCAACCCCACCAGCGCGGCUAACAUCGGUUUUUGAAGAUGCCCUCAAUGCAAGUGGACCCAGGACGAACUGGACAAAGGAGGAGAUAUCAGAGGUGUACAAUACGUCCCUGAUUGACCUGACUUUCGCUGCGUCUACGGUACAUCGGCGGUUUCAUGAUCCAGCAGCCAUUCAGAUGUGCACGCUGUUCAACAUCAAAACAGGAGGCUGUAGCGAAGACUGCUCCUACUGUGCUCAAUCAUCAAAAUAUGACACGGGUCUCAAGGCUACCAAAAUGAGCUCUGUUGACUCUGUCUUGGCUGCUGCGCGUAUCGCCAAAGAGAAUGGGAGUUCGCGAUUCUGCAUGGGGGCAGCAUGGCGCGAUAUGCGGGGCCGCAAGACUAAUCUCAGAAAUAUCAAAGAGAUGAUCAAGGGCGUCCGAGGCAUGGGUAUGGAAGCAUGUGUUACCCUUGGUAUGGUCGACGCUGCGCAAGCAAAGGAGCUCAAGGACGCUGGCUUGACGGCCUACAACCACAACGUCGACACCAGCCGUGAGCACUAUCCAAGCGUCAUCACCACGCGCACCUAUGACGAGCGUCUCAACACCAUCAAGAAUGUGCAAGAAGCUGGUAUCCACGUCUGCACCGGUGGAAUUCUCGGGCUUGGGGAAAAGGCCCGCGAUCACGUUGGUCUUAUUCACACCGUUGCAACGCUGCCCGCUCAUCCAGAGUCGUUUCCCGUCAACGCUCUGGUCCCCAUCAAGGGUACGCCGCUUGGAGACACGCAAGCUAUUUCCUUCGAUGCCAUUUUGAGGACCAUUGCGACAGCUCGUCUGGUGAUGCCAAAGACCAUCAUCAGGCUCGCCGCCGGUCGUCAUACGAUGCGCGAGGAGAAGCAGAUUCUGUGCUUUCAGGCUGGUGCGAAUGCCGUCUUUACGGGAGAGAAAAUGCUGACGACUGCUUGCAACGGCUGGGAGGAAGACAAGGCCAUGUUUGGCCGAUGGGGAUUGAGGCCCAUGAAGAUGGAGGAGACUAUUGGAGAAAUGCGCAAGGUGCCUGGGCAGGACGAAGCCGAGGCUGUUGUUGCAGCUGCUGAGGCGGAAGCUACUGUUCAAGCUCUUGCUUGA